CUCACGGUUCACAGCAGAGUGGCAGAUAAGCAAAGGCUCAAAGACACCCUGCUGGUGCACGGGCUCCGUGGACGACCCGGGGAAUCUGCCGGGUGGCUCCGCAGGCCCGGCUGUGAGCUCCUGGGAACAAUGAACUUGCAGCCACCACUGCCCAAGUGAACACCAGGGUGCUGCGCUCUUCCUACUGCUCUCCCUUGUCAAGCCCACACCAGGAUGUCGGGAGCCCCCAAGGAGAGUGUGGGGGCCCUUGGGCUGCCAGGGGUGGGAGAGGACUGCUUGACCACCAUGGACAGAAAGCUGAAUGUGCUCAGUGAGAAGGUUGACAAGCUUCUGCAUUUCCAGGAAGAUGUCACGGAGAAAUUGCAGUCCGUGUGCCAAGGCAUGGGCCACCUGGAGCAGGGCCUGCACCGGCUGGAGGCCUCCAGAGUCCUGAGCCCAGCAGAGGCCAGCCCUGCCCCUGCCCCUGCCUCUGCCCCUGCCCCUGCCUCUGCCCCUGCCCCUGCAGGGGACACGCAGGCUGGCUGGCUGGAGGUCCUGGAGCUGGUGCGGGCCAUGCGGCAGGAUGGGGCCCAGCACAGCGCCAGGCUCGACGCCCUGUUCAGGGUGGUGGUGGCUGUGGACAGGGCCAUGGCUCUGGUGGGGGCCGUGUUCCAGAACUCCAAGGUGGUGGACUUCAUCACUCGGGGGAGUGUGCCCUGGCGGAAAGGAGGCCUGACUGACGGCCCCGCGGAGAACAAGGAGAGAGAGGAGGAGAAAGGAGCCACGCCGCAGCCCGUGCUGUGCUCCAGGGGCGUGCAGGCCGAGCUCGGGGGGCCGCAGGGAGAGAGCCGGAGGGCUGACCUGCCAGAGGGCACCCCGGAGGGGCUGCCUGCCGCCGGCGCUUCAGGGACGGGGCCUGCUGUUCUGGCCCAGACAGAGACCUUGCCGGGUCAGGGAGACGGCGUUCCUGGCCCAGACCCUGAGGCCGCUGGACACCUGCCACCGCCCGCAGAGGCAGAAGCCAAAGCUCCUGAGGCAUCCGGCGAGAACCCUGGGACCGGCCUGGAAUUGCCUGCAGCACCCAGCAGGGUCAGCGAGGCCCUCAUCGGCCAGGAGGCUGCCCCAGACGCUGGACAAGGACCAUCGUCCAGCAAUCCUGAUACUCAGCCCACAGAGGAAGGCACGGAGCUGACUUCCGGGAUGCCAGCUGAGGCCACAGCCACUCCAGGGGGCGAAGACCUGCAUCUGAGAAUCCCUGUCCAUGCGCAGGAGUUGGGUACCCCUGCGGAGCUACCAGUGACACAAGGGGGUGGCCUUGGACCUGCACCCCCUGCGGAGGCUGCAGCAGCUGUCCAGCCAGGUGAGCAGGACCCACCUGAGCCCAGGUGCUGUCCCCAGGCUCCUGGGACCGAGUUGGAAAAACAGACCCCAAAAGGAGCCAGCGAGUGUCCCCCACUGCCUGUGCGGAGCAGCGACGGGGGAACAAAGGCUGAGGACCAGCAGGGGUCUGCACCUGAACUUGCCACUGGACCACGUGGGGCCAGGAGGGACUCGGGCGACGGCACAGGGGCUCUGGGCCUGCAACCGAACAAAGGCCCAGGAGCAGGGAGCCCUGAGCCCCAGAAGGACUGCGGCCCUGGAGAACUGGACAGAGCCCAGGAGGGGAGGACGCCCCAGGGAGCCGAGGCCUACAGCCUGGUUCUGGAUGAUAGCCCGGCCCCGCCAGCCCCGUUCGAGCACCGGCUGGUGAGUGUCAAGGAGACGUCGGCAUCGGCGGGUUACACCGUGUGCCAGCACGAGGUCCUGGGAGGGGGCCGGUUUGGUCAGGUCCACAGGUGCACGGACAAGUCCACGGGCCUGCUGCUGGCAGCCAAGAUCAUCAAAGUGAAGAGCGCCAAGGAUCGGGAGGACGUGAAGAACGAGGUCGCCAUCAUGAACCAGCUGAGCCACGUCAACCUGAUCCAGCUCUAUGACGCCUUCGAGGGCAAGAACAGCUUCACCCUGGUCAUGGAGUACGUGGAUGGGGGCGAACUCUUUGACCGGAUUACAGACGAGAAGUACCACCUGACUGAACUGGACGUGAUCCUGUUCACCAAGCAGAUCUGCGAGGGCGUGCACUACCUCCAUCAGCACUACAUCCUGCACCUGGACCUCAAGCCGGAGAACAUCCUGUGUGUCAGCCAGACGGGACACCAGAUAAAGAUCAUUGACUUCGGGCUGGCCAGAAGGUACAAGCCUCGGGAGAAGCUGAAGGUGAACUUCGGCACUCCCGAGUUCCUGGCUCCAGAGGUGGUCAACUACGAGUUUGUCUCGUUCCCCACGGACAUGUGGAGCGUGGGCGUCAUCACCUACAUGCUACUCAGUGGUUUGUCCCCAUUUCUAGGGGAAACAGACGCGGAGACCAUGAACUUCAUCGUGAACUGCAGCUGGGAUUUUGACGCCGACACCUUUGAGGGGCUGUCGGAAGACGCCAAGGACUUUGUGUCCCAGUUGCUGGUCAAAGAGAAGAGCUGCAGAAUGAGCGCUACCCAGUGCCUGAAACACGAGUGGCUGAGUAAUUUGCCGGCCAGAGCUUCCAUGUCUAAGGUUGGCCUGAAAUCCCAGCUGCUGCUGCAGAAGUACAUGGCGCACCGGAAGUGGAAGAAACAUUUCAACGUGGUGACCGCGGCCAACAGGUUAAGGAAAUUCCCAUCCUGUUCCUAAUCCUCCACUCGGCUGCUCACCUGGGCCAAGCAGGGACUGAGACGGGCGGCGAGUGAGGACCCGAGAUUUUAAGCCAUCUGGCCUUUGGCUGAUACCGAUUCCACUUACUUGUAGAAAAGGUGAUGGUGGUCACCUUCCUUGUGGAAGAAAAGGGCUGUAAAGAACGUGGCUGACCGCGGAGCUUGAACUGCCGUGUUGCUCCCCGAGUGUAGGGCCUUGGGGGGCUAAGCGUGGGCUCGCUGUCGUAGGUAGGAAAGCUUGUGCUUGUGCGGGUCGGGUCGGAGUUCUGAACGUGCUGGUUCAGGAACGGGGGCCUGUCGCUCGGCCUCGCCCGCCGCACUGAGAGCUCCUACCAGUUUGAUUUGCUUGAGGGUGGGCGGACGUGUGACCAUAUGCCCUGCUCGGUUCAGCAACUCGGACUUAGGGCAGUGAGCCUCAGCUUGUUUUGCCCUGGGAAUCGACUCGUGCAACCUUUAGUCGUCUUUGGCGUUUCAAAAUAUACCAACCGUCACGGCUAAAUCAGAACAAGGAUUAUUCUGAAUGUGCUUUUAAAGUCUCCACCCACUCCCGCCUCUCCCAAUUCCACCCCGUUCAGUCCCCCGGACUCCCCUCCCUCAGCCAUGAAUCGGGGGCCCAGGGAACCUGGAGACUGAUACGUAGCGUGGGCGAGAUGAGAACCGCACAGAUGUGCCACUUUCGGGGAGAAACGCAGACCGCGUCGUUAGUAGGAUGCGCAGCUGACCGCGUGGCCAUUUCACAGCCUGACAUGAUGCUGAACAGGGAGAACUUUAUCGUUCGGAAGCAAACAGUCCUUUUCAUCUCCUCACUUCUAACCCGGUGAUCUGUUCUGGUCCCGCAGCCUCUCGGGGCAGCAGUUUUAGUCCGAGUAGUUACUUUGAGUGGUUAAUCAGCCAACAGUUUUUAAGCCUUUCAGGAUUUCUGUCCCAAUAAAGACAGGUUUGGGGCCGAAGACCUGGGUGCGGAGGGUUCGUGCCGCCGUGGUAGUUCUCAAGUUGGCUUUCCUGGUUGAGACCGAGACAUUCAGGGCCAGCACGGUAGGCCUGCUCCAAGCUGGCCCGCUCCUGGGACCUCGGAAGAGGUGGCCGCUGGAAACCGCCCGACGGGAGCGAACUGGGGAGUUGGGGAAACGCUUGGUUGUGAAGCAUCGGUUGCCUCUCCGAAGAAGGGCCGCUCGCAGAAGGCGCUGGUUCCAGGGGGCAUCUCGUGGGUGGGUGAGUCUCAGCCUCUUUGCGACCGAGGUCCUUGGGGGACGCUCUGAAUCGCCCCCAGAAACAUGGAGCGCGGCCCGCGGGUCUGCAGCCGCACGGCAGACAGGAAUGGGGCGUGAGCCACAUGCGUAAAUGCGUAAUUUCUAAAAGUUCCUCCAGAAACAGAAACCUGGUGAAAUAAACUUGAGUAAUUUAUUUAA